AUGUCAGACUCGCUGGAACCGCCUGCCAAAAGGGCGCGGCUGGAGGCGGACGCAGAUGCUUCCCACUAUGGCGCAGCGUUCGACGCGCCGGGCUCGCCUGUCGAUGACAUGGACGACGAUUUCUACGACAACACGCCCGUCAAGCCGGCUGCGGUGCCUGCGCUCGAGGGCCAUGGGAGCGCGUCGUCGACGUUGGCUGCGGGUGCACCUGGGCCCGUAAGCUUUAACCUCCCUGGACUCGGCGGCUCUGUGAGCGCGAUCCCGGCCACGCAGCCAAACCCGCAGAACGGCGCAAACAGCGGCGCGCAGGGCCCGGCAGAGGCUUCUGAAGACGGCGAGCUGUCUGAUACCGACGUGUUCUACCACGAGCAGGGCGCCGUUGUGCCCGCAGCGGCCGACGCAUCUCUACAGCAUGGUAGGUUGUCGCAUCGCUCUAUGCACCCUGUGUCCCUGACGUAUGCCCAAGACGUUCCUCUUGUUGAGCAAGUCGACGACGGCGAAAUAGUGAAUGCGCCUGGUGCCGCCCAAGAAGCGCCCGCGCACGAAGAGAGCGACGGCGACGACCUCGCGCUCGCCAUCACCAACGGGCUCGCCGAGGAAGACGGCAAAGCCGAGUUCUUGCAAGCGGCUGAAGCGAACAAGAACAACAAGAAUGCCGAGUGGCAGCUGGACUCGGAUGCGUCGUCGUCGGGCUCGUCCUCCGACUCGAGCUCAGACGACAGCUCAGACGAGGAAGGUUCCGACGACGGAGAGCUGCUGGACCCCGAGGAGACGGCCAAGGUCAAGACGCUGAACGAGGUCGAGGAGCAGUACGAGAAGCCCGACAUUACAGUCACUGAAGAGACAAAGAUCACCGAGCUCGGCAAGGUCGAGUCGGUCGUCGACAACAUUGUCGUCGUCAAGGGGAGGGUGUCUGGCGACCUGCAGGUGGUCGAGUCCGGCUCUGCGCUCUGUCUGCAAAACCGCACUGUCAUCCGGUCUAAGAUAUCCGAGCAGAUUGGCCGUGUUGAGGAACCCCGUUAUGCGCUGGGCUUCAACGAUGCUGCUGAGAUAACCACGCUAGGCAUCACCACAGACACGCCCAUCUACUACGUAGACGACCACUCUACAUUUGUCUUCACCGAGCCACUUCGCGCACAGAAGCACACGGACGCGUCCAACCUCCACGAUGAGGAGACCAACGAUGUCGAGUUCUCCGACGACGAGAAGGAAGCCGAAUUCAAGCGCGAACAAAAGGCCAAGAAGAGGGCCAGGCAGGACGACGACGAACCAAAAAUUGAGAAGCCCAUACCCACGGGACCCAAGGGUCAUGUCGACGUGCCAAACUACUACCAGCCUACGGAGUACCAAGGCGGCGGCCUCAAGUAUAGCGACGACGAGGACGAGGACCUCGGCAUGUAUAAGCCGCUUGCACGGCCCGAUCACUUCGAGCAGAUUGUUGGACAUGGCGCGCCUCUUGAAGACCGCAGCCACGUUCGUCGCGGCAUGAUGCGCGGCAGGGGCCCCUGGGGCGAUCGUGGGCGUGGAUCCCGCGGAAGAGGUGGCUUUGGUGGUCGAGGUGACUUUGGUGGCGGCCAGAAUGACAGGGGUGGCCACGGAGGUGGGCGAGGUGACUUUGGUGGAGGCCGAGGAGACAGAGGAGGUCACGGCAACCAAGGCAAUCGAGGUGGUGCACAGGGUGGCCGCGCUGACAGGACGUGCUAUGCUUGCGGUCAGGUUGGACAUCAGAAGCGCGAGUGUCCGACACUGAAACCGCAGCUCAGCGAUCGCGGCAGGCAGCAGAAUCAGACCAACCAACAGCAGGACAACAACCAGCGCGGCGGACAGUUCCAGGACCAGCAGCGAUCCGCAACCUCUGCCUCACCUGCUCGGCACCAAGACCGCGGUCAAUCGCAGCAAUCGUCUCAACCACAGCACUCACCGCCUGCGAAGAGCAAGAACAAGAACCGAAAGCAGCGCUUACGCGAGAAGAAAGAGAAAGAGCGCGAACAGCAACAACAACAACAACAGCAGCAGCAGCAGCAGCAGCAGCAGCAGCAGCAGCAACAGCAACAGCAGCAGCAGCAACAGCAACAGCAGCGUCAACACUCACAGCAACAUGCCUCACCAGCACCUCCAGCUCCAGCUCCGUCAAACGUUCACUCGUAUGUCAACAACAGCGCAGCAGGCUGGCCUCCGCAAUACUCCAACUCACCACAACCGGCGGCUGCCAAGCAGCACCGCAGCAGCAAGCGAAUUGGGCAGCAUGGGCACAAUGGCUCCAGGUCGUUCAAACAAUGCAACAGCAACAGCAACCCCAAGCCGCAGCACCUCCUCCUCCACCCCCUCAACCUCAGGCGCAACCCCCGCCCCAGUAUGCCUAUCCAGCUGCAUACCAGCAGUAUGCACAGCCUCAGCAACCACCUGCACAGCCGCAGCAGCAACCCGAUCAAAGCGCACAGUCUCUCCACGACAUCCUCCGCGCACUUGGAGGUGGUGGGCAGCGCUGAGAAGGUAUCCUCGUAA